AUGGAUCACAAUUUCACAGGCGAUCCGCUCGCCAUGUCGGGCUACUGGUCACCGCAAACUUCAGCAGCAAAUUUUUGUGAGAUCGACUACGAGGUCUCGCACUACAUCGCCGAGUUCAUCAACACCUUCAGUAACCUUGCCUUCGUGUGGCAAGCGGUUGUCACGCUGCCGCCUCACCUCCGUGGCAAUGGACGAGAAUUCAAGGUCUGGAACUGGCCGGUGGAGGCGCUCUCGCUACUUCUUGUUGGCCUCGGCAGCGCUGCGUUCCACAUGACGCUCCUUCACGAGACACAGAUCGUGGAUGAGAGCGGAAUGUAUGCCAUCACGGGAGCUUUAGACUACACCUUGUGGAGUUACGGGCUCAGCGACAUUGGGAAGACGGCACUUGGGACACUGAUUGGAGGCCUUGUGUCUGGCGUGGUCGGCUGGAACUUCAUGGGAACGCAUGACGGGAAAGCCGAUAACGCCAUCCAUCUGGCGCUUUUCGUCGGGCUGCUGACGGCAUUGUGGCCCCGAGCGCUAUAUCUGAUCAAGAAGCAAAGCAGCAUUCGCAAGCAGGCCGGAGAUCUCAAAGGCCGUGACGAAGUCGCGGGGAAGCUGAUGCGAGAGUUCCGACUGGGUGUACUGUAUUUCUUUGUUGGAUUUGGGCUGUGGUUGUUUGAAGGCCAAUUCUGCUAUGGACUAAGGAAUAUCAGAGGGUUUACGGGUAUGCCGUUGGGCUGGGUGCUGGAGUUGCACGGUUGGUGGCAUAUUCUGACCGCAAUGGGUGCUGGGAGAUUUGUUUGGACGGCAAGAGAACUGACAGCAAGCACACGAUCGGCAGAAGGCGAGAAGCAAACCAACGGCCAUGUGGUACAGAAAUAG